AUGGAAAUUGGUCAAAUAGGAGCUUCACCGAUUUGUUUCCGCCAUGGAAAUGUUGGGAGAAAUUUCAGUAUAUCACUAUCAGCAACACCAACGUUUUCCACAAAAUCUGAAAACCGAAUGUUUAUUCUAGGAAUGGGAUUCGUAGGUCAAACCCUUGCACGCAAACUCCAAAAUCAAGGAUGGGUUGUAUCUGGUACUUGCACAACACUUGUAAAGAAGAAGAAGCUUGAGGAUAUGGGGUUUCAUGUUCAACUUUUUGAUGCAAACCAACCUGAUAUGAGUAUCCUACAACUACUGAGAAAUUACACUCACUUUCUUGUUUCUAUCCCCCCUGCUGUCGGUAUCGGUGACCCGAUGCUUCGGCAUGAAGAACUUAUAAGAAGCUCAUUAGUCAACGGGAGUCUUCAGUGGCUCUGUUACUUGUCUUCAACUAGUGUCUAUGGAGAUUGUGAUGGUGAAUUGGUAAAUGAGGAUUAUCCUACAAAUCCAGAAAACGAGUUGGCUAAAUUAAGGUUAACUUCUGAACAAGGCUGGUCAAAUUUGGCUCACCAUCUCGGGCUCUCGCCACUACUAUUUCGACUGGGAGGUAUCUAUGGCCCUGGUAGAAGUGCCAUCGAUACAUUAAUCAAGCAAAAGCCCUUGUCAGAAGGUCAGAAGAGAAGAAAACACAGAAAAUACACGACACGAAUUCAUGUUGAUGAUAUCUGUCAGGCACUUAUGGCUACUAUUGUCUCACCUUCUUCCCCCAGGGUAAUUUACAAUAUUGUUGAUGAUGAUCCAGCACCAAGGGAAGAAGUAUUUGAAUAUGCAAGAAAAUUGGUGGAGAAAAAGUGGCCAGACUUGAACUUGCAACUUCUGGAAAAGAAAGAGUGGUCAAUUGAAAAAUCAAGAAAUGAAAGGGGUGAGAAGCGAGUGUCUAAUGCCUUGAUGAAGAAGGAACUUGGAGUGCAACUACUUUACCCUGAUUACAGAUCUGGUUUGCAGAGUAUAAUUGACCAGAUUCAGAGCCCUUUCCUUUGUGAUUGA